CAGGUAAUUACUCGCGACUGGCCUGCGAGAUCCAGUUCGUCCGUUCGAUGGGCUACUACCUGAUUCAAAUCUACAUACCCUCGGGUCUGAUCGUCAUAAUCUCGUGGGUGAGCUUUUGGCUAAACCGACAUGCGACCCCCGCUCGGGUCUCCCUCGGAGUAACCACUGUGCUCACCAUGACGACCCUCAUGUCCUCGACCAACGCGGCGCUACCGAAAAUCUCCUACGUCAAGUCCAUCGAUGUCUACCUGGGCACCUGUUUCGUCAUGGUCUUUGCAUCGUUGCUCG